UGCAGUGGAGACCCUUUCAUUUAGACUUUCCGUUAUCCUGGGAUUUUCCUUACCUCACACUUUCAUUCAAACCCUCGACAGUGGCUCGACAGUGGCUCGACAAUGAGCAUGAUGGGUCUAUGACAAGGAUCGACGCCAGCACUGGAAAUUCAAGCAAGGGAAGAAAAGAUGAGAAGAGAAGAAAAAAAAAAGGUGUGAAGGGAAUGAACUCCUUCAUGAGUUCCGCCGAUGUUAAUCAACCAAUAAAAUCCCAAUCAGAGCCAGCCAGACUGAGCCAGUGCGCAAAUCAAUGCUUCUUCAACAACCCAUUUCCGGUUACAUCGUCGGCUUGCCCUGCCAUCUGCCAUGUGUUCUCCGCCUCGAGUUCGCACACUUAUGCGAACUAGGUAAGGGAAACACCAAGAGGCUUGCGUACCAUUCCCUCAAUCGGAAGCCAGUGAGAUUAUUGAAAAGCUUUGAACUCGGGACUCCGCAACUUGUAACCAUUCUGGUCAAGAAUCACACACACCGUUGUGGCCAAUAUACUUUUCAAAUUUGCAGGGCACAUUCUAGUUUCUAGGUUUGUGGGAGUCGGGUUCAUACUUCUUUCUACCUUUUCCCGGUUCCUCUCUUCUUCAAUGUCCACUCUCUUUUGAUUAGCUUCUGUAUCUUUUGUCUUAGCUUUAUCUAGACUUCUUCAUCAUGACGGCUGCGGAGCAUGAAACUGUUGACAAGUUACCUUUCACUGCGGUGGCUACCCCAGAUUCUUACCAAAGCGCUGAAGAUGGAACAGUUGGGACUGAGAUAGGUACUGCGCCAUCAGAUCGCGUCUUUCAUGCACAUCAAAAGGAUACAGGACCACCUGCGACGAGGAAAGAACUGUGGUCGUAUUAUGCAUACUAUGCAGGAAACAAUGGAAUUGGCUCUUUUCAAUACUCGAGUCUUCUCUUCCAGAACUUGAUAUACCAAGCCGGUUUUAAUCCAAACGUCUUGCCAUUGGGUAGCGCACCUUGCGGCGAUGAUACCCCUUGCCAUGUCUUCUGGAAUGGAGGCACCAAAGCAUACACAUCGGUGGUGUUGAUAGCAUCAGGAUUGACCUUCGUUUCGCAAGCUGUACUUUUCCUCUCGAUUGGAAGUUUGGCAGAUUUCGGUAACUGGAAUCCAUGGGUUGUCAGAUUGUUUUCCCUUCUUUCGUUCGCCUUUGAAUUCGGGUUCUUAGGAGUACAACAUGCAUAUCAAUGGAGAAUCGCCAUGGCUCUUUACAUUAUUAGCAGUGUUACUUGGUGGUCUUCCUAUGUUUUCUUCAACGCGAUAUUUCCCAAACUUGCCCACGACCUUCCCGAAGUUCAUAAAGCGAGAGAAGACUAUGCACAAGGCAUCUUGACAGAACGAGAAUACGAAGACAAAUGCUCAAUGGCAAGAUCCAAGGUAAUGAAUAUAAGUUAUGGAUGGAAUAAUGUUGGAUUCACAAUUUGUGGAGCUCUAGCAUUAGCAGCCCUAGCAGGAAUCGGUGCAAAUGAUUCUACACAACAAAACAAUUGGGGAUACUCUGUCUCUGUCGCUGUUACUACCGGAUGGUGGAUUAUUCUUGCCAUUCCAUGGUUCAUCUGGGAAAAGAAGCGACCGGGACCACCUUUACCAAAGGGUGACAAUUACCUCACCUUUGGUUUCAAGCAAACCUACUUCGCCGGAAAGCAAGUAUGGAAGUUGAGACAAACUUUCUACUAUUUGAUUGCAUUUUUCCUUUUGGCAGACGGAGUCGCUACAUUACUUACACUCGUCUCGAUCGCACAAACGCAAGUUGUUGAAUUCUCCGCGACACAAAAUACCUACCUCAUCAUGGUUCAAGGUGGCUCAACUACAAUCGGAGUCUUUGGUGCCUAUUAUCUCCAAGAAACACUCAGGAUCCGUACCAAGACUAUGCUUCAAUUUUGCAAUUGUGGUUGUGUACUCAUUGCGCUUUGGGGAAUGAUAGGUAUCUGGACUACCAAGUUUGGUUUCCAUAACGAAUGGGAAUUUUGGCUCUUUCAAGCACAAUAUGGAAUUACCCUUGGUGCUCAAUUCCCAUACGGGCAAGCAUUCAUGGCAGAAUUAGUACCCAAAGGUAGAGAAUAUUUGUUCUUCAGUCUUUUAGGUAUCGUCUCCAAGGGAUCAGCCUGGAUUGGACCUAUUGUUUCAAGUGCUAUUGUUGAUCGCGAUGGCAAUCAAUGGGCAGCAUUUCCUUUCGUGGCAGCUUUGAUCUUUGUUCCUACGAUUGCAAUCUUUUGGAUCAGUGAGACCAAGAGUCGAGUUGAAUGCGCAGAAUAUUUGGAGAGAGAGAGGUCGGAUUUACAAAAGAUUAGAGAUAACGAUCUGAACACAGGCAGAUCUGAUUCUACAGAGAGUAGUAGAAGAUUGGAUAAGUCGACAUAAUGGGCGUAUGGUUCAGGGUUAUGAUGAUGAUUUCUACAUGUUGAUGCAUUCUUACAGAGUACUCACUUAUGUUUAAAGAUAUAGUUUAGAUUUUAAUUUGAUUUACGUACAUGUCUAGAAUGACAGUCUU